AUGGCUAACCAGGCUGAGGAUGAUCGAGUGGUGGAGCUCUCGCGGCUCUUCGCACAGUCACACAAGCAUCCGGGAGAUAAUGCCAUCGAAGAGCGUGCCAUCCAGGCCGCUGUGGACUUCAUACACGAACAUGGCGACGAGACACAUCUGUUCUGUAACAGAACGUUGUACAGCGCUAGCAUCCACGCGCUGGUGUUGUUUGCACUGGGAGAAGAGGAUAACGUUGCACUGGACUGGUACAAGGAGAAGCUGUGCAAGUGCUUGGACUCGUGCACCAGGUGCAUUGCUCUGUUCCACAGAGGUCGGGCGAGGUUGAUGGAGACGUUUCUCACGGAGAGGGGGAUAUGUUACAACAACGUCAACAUCCUGUCGAAGACGAUACUCCAGUGGGAGGCGACAAGGCUUACAAGCAGAUUCAGACGGCUCGUCGGUGAAAACGACAUCAAAAUGGGCGUACCAAGAGAGCUGCUCACGUGCUUUGCUGAGUGCAUGUGCGGUCCACAACUGCUGGUGUUGAAUUCAGAGCUACGAGGACUAUUUGCGCAUCUGCUGCUUCAGCUGCUGGCUUCAGAUCACUCAUUUGUGAAGACAGCGACUGUGGUGACACCUGGACUGGUGUACUUGGCAAUUGAAGGUGACGAUACUGAGAAGAAAUGGGCAUGUCAAAUGUUGAAAGACCUGGGGAGCACGGAGACACAGAUCACAGCUGCACAGGUGCAACCAGACCUGCUGGAGGAGAUAGAAAUCGAACUCAGGACAGUCGAGAUCGCUUCAAGAGACAAGGAAUUGAAGAGGGAGCGAUUCUACAGAGGAAUGUGUGCACUGUUUGAGGCCCUUGAUCAAGAUGCCAUCAUGCUCAAGGUGUUACAGAUUGGCAAAUCGAGGCCUGUGGAUGUCGAUAGAGACGAUCCAAUACUCCCCAGUAUAUUUGAGACUCUGAGGGAUCAUGUCAUGUCGUACCCGGAUCAGUCUUUACCGUACAUCUUGAGAUUCCUGGGAUUGUUGUUAGGUAAAGUCGGUGAGAAGUUCUGGUCGCAUAUAGGUCAGUACACCUUUCAGAAUAUCAUGGGUCCCAUCACCCAGAAUCCGAAUCUGAUAAAGAAUCUCAGUAUCUUGAGAGAUACACCGAGCUUUGCAGGCGAACUUAACCCUGAGGCAAGGAUAUCCGAUCUCUUGGACUGGAUUGAUAACUUUUUGUCUUCUCUAUCUACAUCUCAAAGAAUCAAAUCAGUGGAGACUUUAACCAUGUACUUGAUCACCCAAGUGGAAUCACAACAGUCGAUUCCACUCGAUGUGAAGGCAAAAAUGUUCGUAAAGGCGUGUACCAUCUUGUCAUCUGCAUUGUCACUCCCAAGUCAACUGUACAGUCCUUCUUUAACAACAGACCUCUUGGCCAGAGGCGACACCAGAGUGGUUGUUGAUACCAAACUGAUCAGAUUCUUCGACUACGGAACAUCACAGGCCAUAUUCUUCCCGGAGUAUAAUAGAGAGAAGAAUGCUCAAGUGAUGAAGUCGGCAAUUGAAGUUAUAUGUAAAGCAUUGAGAUUUGAUAUCCUUACAUUUGCUCAAAAUAGUUAUGAGAUUCAAAAGGGCAAGAAGCCAUCAACGCUCAAAUUCUCUCCACUUUUAUUAGAGGCCAUCUCGAAACAACAAUUGAACCGUCAACUAGAGAUGGCAUUCCAACUGUUAUGCUCCAUGGAAAAUGUGUCUACAAUUCUUCCAGUCGGUGCUCAUGUCGAAGAGGUAAAGAUGUUUAUGCGUUACUUAUCUCAAUUUUUUGUUAAAUUCAGUGACAUUGAUGCUAGAAAUACAAAGAUGAUUCUGUCCAAUCCAAGGAGCCUUAAGGGUUAUUGGGCCUGUGUUUUCUCUCCAGAUGAAGGUGUCUACCAAUCAGCAGUUGAUAUCUUAUAUGAAACAUUUGAUGCAGCAGGUAGAUUGGAAGGUGUCCACGACUUAUUACAAAACAAUAUCAGUUGUUGUCUUCAGGCUAUUAAUGAUAACUUGACUAACCUAAUCUUUAUUGAGUUCUACGAGCCAUGUCCUAGAGCUGUUAAAGUUCUCACUGAUGUGAUUCAAGGCUUGAACUCUCCCGUCGAUGGAAUCUUUGGUGAAAGUGAAACUUUUGAUAAGGCAACAAAGCAAUCGCUCUUUGAAUUUUGGAACAGAUGCUGGAAGUUCUUGGAUUUGAUCUACGUAGAGACCUUGAAAUGGGCAGAGAAAUACCCUGAUCUUGUGGAAUUUACAAGAGAUACCUUGGAUUUAUCCCAUGCGGUCCUAGGGUGCUUCAAAACUAUUAAGGAACUUGAUACCGACGGAGAUUCGAAAAAGGUGUUCAACGAAAUAACAAACACUUUCCCUCACAUGCUGGUUUGGCUUAGAUUGAGUGACCCUGGUUUGUUGUCUUCUUGUGUGAAGUUAAUCUUCUCAACACUUGAUAUUGCCAGUGACCUGUCCUAUAAGCUGGAUACCAACGUUAUUGAGCUGUUGGCAAAAUAUGCCUGUAAGGCUAAGAAGUUCAGUAACAGACUGACGAGUUCUCAAAGUGAAGAAAUUCUGGAAAGAGCUAAAGUUUUUGAUCCUGAGCUUGUUGACCGUGUGGUUCAAGAAACGGAGGAAAAGAAAAAGAAGAAGGAAGCAAAUGCCAUUACGGAUGCACAGUCUUCUCGUGAAAGUUCAACAUCAAGAGCUUCAACUCCAACUGGAGCACCGGUCAGAGGUCAAUUGAAGAUUGAUAACUUUGGAAGCCUUUCAAGAGUGGCACCUAUUGCUCCACCUAAACCACAAUUACCAAAGUCUCAACUUGAAUUGGCAAGAGAGAGGCUGAAUGCGAAGAAGGCUGCGCUAUCAACAGGGUCGUCACACAGAAAAACUGAACAUGAUGCUACAGAUGAAAGCGAUGAUGAUGGGGAGGAUGCGUACUCCUUGUUCAACCUCAAAAAGCCAAACCAAAAGGCAGGUGGUAUCACUGUUCUCGAAGAUAAAUGGAGUCAGCAACGUAGAAUUGCUCAAGAGAAGAAGAAAGAGGAGGAGAACAGUAGAUUGAGAUUGCAUGUUGACCUGAAAACUUUAUACAAACGGGUAUUAAUGUGGUCUUUUAUGAGAGACGAUCCGUAUCCAGAUUCUGAACUAUCCAACUUGAAGACCGUCAUAGAUAAGUUCAAAACUGCAGAUGACUACAUCAAGACAUUUGAGCCACUACUUCUUGUGGAGUGUUGGUCAGCAAUUUUAUCAGCAAAGAAUAGAGAGGACUAUAAACCAAUGAUGAUUUCUAUCGGUUCCAAAAGCUCAGUUGGUGAUUUCUUCGAGGUGUUUUGCAGCAUUAGCCGAACCCAACUCAACACCAUGGGUUUUACAGAAUCGGAUCUUGUGGUGCUAGCGUAUAGCGAUAAGGAGCUGACGUACGUACCAAAGGUAUCUGAUGUGAAGAAAUCAACUACUUCUUGUUUAGGUAAGAUUCAGGAAAUCAAGUUUGUCAAAGGAGAAAGAGCCGACAUCACCAUUAGGGUAUCUCGUACAGGAUCUCUCAACAGUUGGUUGACUCCACACAGUACUCUUUUAUUAAUGCGCAUCAUGCAAAUGACAACAAUCGAAAGAGAAUUCUCAUCCCUUCAUGGUCUACGUUACUAUAACCUGUCCAAACAGAUAUUUGAAGCAACAGCCAAUCCAUCAUCCACCAUACCUCAAAAAGAUAUUGAAAAUAUCCGUGCAACCUAUAAGGUUAAUGACUCUCAAGCCAAUGCCAUUGGCUGCUCAGUUGGCACCGAGGGAUUCUCCUUGAUUCAAGGUCCACCUGGUACUGGUAAAACGAAGACAAUUUUGGGUAUCAUCGGGUAUAUGUUGUCAACAUUCAAGGCUCCGAACGCAAUUGCUAUCCCACAAGGUCAAAAAACCAUGGACUCUCUAAAGAACUCCAAGAGCAGAAAGGUUUUAGUAUGUGCACCGAGUAACGCAGCUGUGGAUGAGUUGGUGAUCCGUAUGAAAGAUGGUAUCAUGAACUCACGUGGUGAACAAUACACUCCGAAGCUCGUUCGUCUUGGUCGUACUGACGCAAUAAACUCUGCCGUGAAAGACAUGACUUUAGAGGAGCUUGUUGAUUCUCAACUUGGAAAGCCUUCUGCAGCAUCUAACAACAUGGAUGGUCUUUUCAAAGAGCUUUCUGAAGUGAAGAAACAAAUCGAGAUAUGUAAGGCCAAAAUUGCAGACGAGAAGAACCCUGCGAGUGACGAAGUCUACAAAGAGAAGCGGGAGCUUACAAAGAAGGCCAACUUGAUCAAACAGAAGAUGGAUACGGAGAGAGAGACCCAGAAUUCUAACUACAGAAGCAGAGAGAUCAACAGAAGAAACCUACAAGCCAAAAUUUUGGGUGAAGCCGACAUCAUCUGUUCUACACUUUCAGGUUCAGCCCAUGAUAUGGUUGCUAAUUUGGGGAUCAAGUUUGACUCUGUCAUCAUCGAUGAGGCUUGUCAAUGUACUGAACUCUCUGCUGUCAUUCCAUUGAGAUAUGGUUGCAGACGCUGUAUUAUGGUUGGUGAUCCUAAUCAGUUGCCACCAACCGUGAUAUCUACUGAAGCUGCUAAUGCUCUAUACGACCAGAGUUUGUUUGUGAGAAUGGCCAAGAAUAUGAAGCCAUUGUUGUUGAACGUUCAGUACCGUAUGAAUUCUGCAAUUUCCAAGUUUUCUUCAGAAGUGUUCUAUAAUGGUGAAUUGCACGAUGGUCCUGAGAACGACCAGUUGACGAAAAGAAUAUGGCAUGAAAACUCGUUCUUCCCUCCCUUCAGAUUUUAUGAUAUCAUUGAAGGCCAUCAAAUUCAAAACCAGAAAACGUUCUCGUACACGAAUGAGAUUGAGGUUAAGAUUGCCGUUGAGUUAAUCAACACACUUUUCACUCUUUACAGGAAUGUUGAUUUCAAGAACAAGAUUGGUAUUAUCACACCAUAUAAAGAACAGAACAGGCUCUUGCAGAGGAUAUUCAUCAAUCAGUUUGGUAACAGCAUCAAGAAGGAAAUCACUUUCAACACUGUUGAUGGGUUCCAAGGUCAAGAGAAGGAGAUCAUCAUCAUGUCAUGUGUGCGUGCUGAUCCUAGCAGCAGAGGUGUUGGUUUCUUGAGGGAUUUCCGUCGUAUGAAUGUUGCAUUAACAAGAUCCAAAUGUUCACUUUGGAUUCUUGGAAAUCGUGAUUCUUUGACAAAGAACGAGCUAUGGAGGAAAUUAAUCAAUGAUGCCGAUAGCAGAGGAUGCUUCUGUGAAGCCAAACUCGGAUUC